CGCUCGCGUCCGCCGCACUCCCGCCCCGCCCGCGCAGGUCGCCCGGUGCGCUCGGCGCCGCCGCUGUCCCCCGGGACGCGCCCCGCCUCCUGCGCUCCGCCCCUCGCCGCGCCGCGCCCCAGGUUCCCACGGCGCGCCCGGCACCGCGGAGCAGUUCGCCUGCCCUCCCCACGAGCAGCUCGGCGGGGCCAGGCCGCGCGAACAUGGCGCUUGUCCCCUGCCAGGUGCUGCGGGUAGCCAUCCUGCUGUCCUAUUGCUCCAUCCUGUGCAACUACAAAGCCAUUGAAAUGCCCUCGCAUCAGACCUACGGGGGCAGCUGGAAAUUCCUGACCUUCAUUGAUCUGGUUCAUCACAUCCUCAAAUGAAAGCUCUAUGCAAAGUCACAUCUCCCAGUUGCAUAAACAAGUCUGGAACAAAGUGUGGGGUAGAGACAGAAGACUCAAGUCUAUUUAAAGCAUAACUCCAGUUUUUCACUCCCCCUCCCAACUGGCAAGAUGAAGUUUUACUUUAAGAUGAUGUCUUACUUGCAAUAUAGCACGUAAGAGAAAGAGCUCUUCACCACAGGGUUCACAUGUCGGUGUUGUCUAUUUGAUACUGCAAUGAAGGAGACAAAGGCCAUGGUUUUACCUGUACUCUCCUCCACUCUCUUGGUUCUAGGGAUAAACAGAAGGAGUUAGCAGCUCAGAGAACUGUCACUUCCCUUCAGCUGGGAUGAGGCUCGGAGUAUGGCUCUAGGGUAUGAAAUUACAUUUCUGCCUCUAGGUGACAAUAUUCACAGUUGCCUCUGCUGGUUCCGACAGAUGCAUAUAUAUAGGGGCUACAGAAAUGUGUUCAGCUUUCUAAGAUACUUAUUGUUAGAAAUGCCAUUUAAACUCUGAGUCUGUAGGUAAGUUUAUGAUGAAGAUUGUGGCUUGUUCCUGGGGAUCUAUUAUUGUGCUCCAGUAUUCCUUUGUUUAUGUCAAACUCUCACAGACAUAUGAGAAGUACUCAGAUCUUACAAGAACAUUCCACCCAUCAACACGCCAAACCUGAAGGUCUCCGGAUCUCUUGUCUAUCAGAGAUAACCACUGUUCUGACCCCAGCACUGCGUCAGCACUGCUUAAAGUGGAGUGACACAGCUUGUACUUAGAGUUUGUGUUUAUAAAGUUUUCCCUGGGAUGUUUGCUUUGUAUCUGUCUGCGGGGUUAAGGAUGGCUUCACGUGCAUUAUUCUUUCCCGUUCUUGUCCUUCUCCUGGAUUUUAGAACUGCUUUCCACUCUACUUCUGAUGUGUUUUUUGAGUUACUAUCAUGUCUUGAAUGUUCUUAGUAGUGCAUGGUGUGUGUGUGUGUGUGUGUGUGUGUGUGUGUACAUAAAUGUAGGGGUAUUUCUGCCUAGGGGUAUAGCAUUGAUGAGUGAUAGAGACCUGUGUGUUUAGCUGAUUAGAUACUGCCAGAUGAUUUCCCUAAGUGGCUCUAACAAUGUCUCUUCCUUAUAGAAGAAUGUAGACGCUCCUGUUAUUCCGUAUUUUCAGUAACAUUUUGUGUUAUAGGUAUAUAUAUUUUUAAUUUACCUAAAAAUAUGCCAGCUAUUCUGAUGGGUUUUCAGUACUACUUUAUUAUAAUUUUAACUUGAUUUUCUUCUCAUUACUUAAAUGUUGCACAUUUUUAUUUGUUUCGAGGCCACUCGAGUAGCCUGUGCUGUGAACCCUUUAUCCACUAAAAGAAAGUUGAAUUGUCUCACUUUUACUUCCUGGUUUCUAAAAAGCUACUUUUACAUAAAGGGUAGGAACUCUUUUCAGAUACAUAGAGUAGUUUACUUCCCCACAUCUGUGUCUUACCCUCCAUCUGUGUGCUCUCUGUCUGUCUGUCUGUCUGUCUGUGUGCACUCUCGUGCGCACACACACAUGUGCACAUGCACAUAGGUGUGCACAUAUAGACACAUGUAUGUACAUGUGUACUCGUGGCUGUGUAGGCUGAGGUUAACCUCAGGGUCAUUCCUCAGGUGCCACUAUGUUGUUUUUGAGGCACAGUCUCUCUUUUGACCUCGACUUGCUGUUUAGGUUAGGCUCUCAGGAGGUGGUCUUGCCCCAAUGACAAGAGCAGGCUUGUUUUACAGAAGCUCUGGAGGUGGAGCUCAGGUCCUCAUACUUGCCCAGAAGGUGCUUUGCCAACCGAGCCCUCUUGCUGGCCCUAUUUAUGGUUUCUUUGGAUCAGCUGAAGUUUUCUACUUUAUUGAAGCCAAAUGUAUCAAUCUUCUUCACUGCUAUGGGGAUUUUUUUCUUUUCUUUUUGCCUUUAAUGGAGUAUUUAUCUUAUUCAAGAUCACAAGGGGCUUUCUCUAUGCUGUCUUCCAGAAAUUUUGUCAUCUUACAUUUAUUUCUGUCCCUCUAGUCGUGUUUUUGUGUAUGGCGUGACUGAGGGGUCAGGGGUCAUUGCUUUUUCCCAUGCUCACAUGACCCGCUGUUGUUCCUUGGCAGCUUCCUUCUAAAUCAGCACCUGAACUCUGACGCUCUGUCUAUUUCCCUACCCUUGCAUGAAUGCCACACUCUUUUUUAAGACUACAUCUGUAAUUUCAGGCUUGAGGUCCUUUCACGUUAGUCCUUCAGCUUUGUCCUUAAAGAUUAUCUGUUGGCAUGAUGUUUUUGUACACUGUGUAAAGAUUACCCUUGUGCCAGUCAGAUGCGGAUUUCUCCACCCUCAUAUCUUGUUUCAAUCCGGACACAGCAUUGUAAUGCUUAUACCAAGAAUCUCCUGUCUCAAGUUUGGGUAACUAAGUCUUACCGUGUAUUCUCUGCCUUGUCUAUAGCUGAUACCUAAUGGCUGGGCAGAAGAAAGAACAGGGUGGGACGUCCACCAACCAGAGAAAAGAGGAAGGGAGGGAGGGAGAUUCAGAUAAGCCGAAGGAAGGAUUUGGAACCGUGAGGAAGGAGUCCAGAAAGAGAUCCUGGAAACACACCUGAAGCCCAAACAGCCAGAUUAAUAACAUGCAAGUAUCACAGGAUGGAGCUGGGAGAUAGCUAGAUUACCCUAGCUGGCAAAAGUAGAUCACUUAACUGCUCAGCUAUUAGGGUACAGUUUUAAGCAAAAAUAGCUUUAUCUGUGUCAUUAUUAGGGAUUAACAUAAAGUCAAGAACUACAGCAGCCGAUUAAUUUACUGUUUAUAUUUAUGUUACGAAUAAUUCAUUUACAAUUAUCUUCAUUAUUGUGGCCUGUUUCAUUUCCAUUUAAUGUUAGAAAAAGCUUGCCAAAUUUUAAAUAAAGACUUUUAAGCUAUUAAUUGGUCUAACAAAGAAACCUUAAACCAUAACUUCGGAGUAAUGGCCGUUUUCCAACAUUGUUCCUUCCAGCCACAGAGCCUAUCCCUCCACUCUGUGGGUGGUCUCUAACCUCGCAUGCAAAAACUCUGUGAUUUUCUUUGUGGAGGUCUUGUGCCUCCUUGGAUCCUUUCUCUUUACUAGCAAUCAAAAUCUUGCUUUUCGCCGGCAUCCUGAGCAGCACACUAAAAGAGAAACUAUUUUGAAACUUCAAGACAGGAAGUGUCCUUCACCUUGAGGAGGAGGUGUGAGCUUUUUUUUUUUUUUUCUUUCUGUUGUUGGUUUGAGGUAGGUGUGAAGCUGAAUGCCUUGUCCAGAUGGAACCUCGGAUGUCCUUAAAAGUAGCAGAUGUGUGUGGGCAGAAUGCAGAUUACUAUAUUGAGAAGCGCACUGAAUGUCUCUAGGUAUCACAUACAGUUAGCUGAAUGAAGAAGCCGGUGCGUGUUUUCAGUAUCUGAUCCACGCUCACUGAUGCUGGGCAAAUGACCAUUCCCAAACAAAGGGAUCAUAUCUUUUACAUUCCUUCCUCCAUCUUUGAUUUCCUAUUUCUAGUCAGUAGAACUGACUUAAAUAAAGAAAAUCUCUUCAGUAUGUAAUGAACCCUGCUCUAGUGACUGGACAACAUACUCUUUAAGGGAUUAAAAUAUUACAGAGUUGUCUCUAGUUGCUACCUUUUUUAUUUUUUUCUUUUAUUUCCCAUCAUGCUUUGGGAAUGAAGUUUUUCCUCACUGACUUCAGUCUCUCAGCUCCAAUUCCCAUAUCACACUGGUUCCUAGCUGUGAAGGCCUAUUAAACCUGAGCUUAUAGCCUCCCUACUUACCAGAACCAGCAGGAAAAAAUGCCCUUUUUUCAUUUGUGGUUGUGAAAAUGUCCUUCUUAGUAUCUCUUGUCUCCUGGUCUUUCUGUUCCACAGUUCUGCUGGCUGUUUUUAAGGCUCCCUUCAUGCCCUUUAAGUGGAUGUCCACUUCACGUUUCCUGUUUCAUGUGACUUUUUUGACUGUCAGCUUUCUGUGGAUUUUGGAGUCUGGUCUGGAACUAGCUAACCAUCCAAGUGAGUCUGUCCAACUUUCUGUUGGCUUACCUCGUUUCAGGGCCCUGAGGACUCAAACUUGAACACAUCGUAAGGAAACUCCAGUGAGCUGUCUGCUUUGGCGACUUUUCCACCUGGCCUGUGUGUUACUUGCUUGUCUGCGUCUGUGACAGAUACAAGAGAGGCCUAACUUCAAGGUGCAGAUGAUUUAUCUUGCUCAUGUCGUUAGAGGUUUCAGUUCCCCAUGACGGAGAGAGCCUAGAAGCAGUUUGCCAAUUAGAGAGAGUCAGGAGAGAGGUCAGGGCCUGGGGAAUGUGGGCAUGCGCUUUUCUGCCCUUUGCCCUUCAUAAACAUCAUCUGCUGACCACACGUAGGGCAGGUCUUCCUAAGCCUUGUUUAAUCCUUUAAGACCUCUUGUCAAAUGUGCUUCCAUAACCUAGGCCCUUCUCAUCCAAUCAGUUUGACCAUCAGGAUUAACCACGACAGCCCAUGACCUGGAAGUGGUCUUUGGGUUUUCUUUCUUGUCUUGUUUACCACGUCCAGGUUUAGGAUUUCCCUCAGUAGCCUUGACAUCUCUGUAGCUCUUCUUCUCUGUAUUAAAAGGAUAGUUAAUACAGCCUAACUCUCUAAUGACCCCAAGAAGUAAGAAGUUUAAAAUGCUAUCUCGCUCCAAAGAAGCUCUAACUCCAGCCUUCUAAGGAGCCCCAAACACUUCAUAUUCCUUGAACCCACUCUUUGUUAGAAACUAGGUGAAAGGUCUCAUUCCAGAGCCUGCCCUUUGUUAAGAGCUAGGCAAAAAGGCCUUGAGUAGGUGAUCCUGGCCCUGUAAGGUAACUGGAAAUGAGCUAAUUAUCUGCUUAUCUUGCUUCUGUAAACUGCUUUCGCCAUUACCCCCACCCAGGAGUUCACGCAUAUAGACUCCAAGAAAAUAGGAAGCUAAUUGGUCCACAGAGCGUGGGCUCCGAUAAUUUAAACUGAUUGGCCUAAAAACAAUGGAGCGGUACAAAUUGAUUGGUUUACACUACGUGGGCUCUUGAUGCUAAGGAAUGAUUGGUUUGUGAUUUGCAGGCUUUGUUGUAAACUUAUAAAAGCUGUACCAAUUCUGCACUUGGGGUCCUACAGUCCUCUACCCUGCGCGGUGUACGACUGUGGACCCCAGAACCUCUGGAAUAAAA